AUGGACCGACUAGCCGCAUCGCCAAAUUUCUAUGUUUCAAAGGAUCACGAGUACGACCGUCAUCGCCAUCGCCCCGAAACAUCCAUGAUGCCCGAAUUGCCAUUCCCAUCUUACGGCCCUUUACCCAUUCCAUCUCGCCCCAAUAUGCAUACCGCGCCUCCUCCGUUGCCUCCGCCGACGCGCAUCCACGAUUUAGAGAAUGGCUAUGAUGCUGGGUGGUUGCAUGCAAAUUCUGAUCGAUCUGCAUCUCUUCUUCCCCCGAUUAACCCAGCCUCAAGCUUAUUUGGUGGUGGCCGGAACCGUCCCGAUUCUGCGCCCAAAAGUGAUCGAAUGGACCUUGAUGAGCUUGAAGGCAGGCAAAGUGGCAUGCCACUCUCCCGCAGCUCUGAGGCUCAAAUUAAGAUUGAACCGCCACCACCGACAGAUGAUGGAUUCCCGAAUUCCAUGUCUGUCAAUCCCAAUGGUCCGAUACUGAAAGGCGAGCGUGACUUUUCUCUGCGAAGUGUGAAAGACUCGUCAAAUGCGUACGAUCAACAUCUUUUGUCCAAGAUUGGGAAGCCCAUUUCUCCCCGAGGAUCGAUCAGUUCGGACCACCGAAAUUCAAUCUCCGCACUUACUGUUCCAUCUCUUCCCUCACGCUCAUCGAGCAAUCUGCCAUCACCCGGGCCAUCAGAAGGUUCAACGCUUGAUGUGAAAUGGUACAGCAGUCCGAAGUCAGGAGGAGUGUCACCCAGAUCGAAAUCGGAUUGGAGGGAGUAUGUCGAGGGUCGCAGCCCAAGUGUCGAAAGCAAUCUUCCAUCGGUGGCCGAUUUUGAAUUUGGAAGACGUCGAUAUCGUGGAACGACUCCAUCGCGCGAGGACAGCAUCAGUUUACCCAGCCGAUCGAAUCGUGGCAGCUACGACCAGGGCGUGUUUUCUGAUAUUGAGGGUGAUUUCUCGACAGACGAGCCAGUUCCCCGACAAUUCAUUCUCCGUGAACCGACACCACCUUACCCCGAAGGCUCAAGGCAGGGGAUGAAGAGACGAGCAUCAUCUCCACCCCGAGAACCGAUCAAUACUGACGAUCGCCACACUUUACACACUGUCACGAGUAACGGGGAUUUGUCACAGCGAAGGACAAGUGGUCAUCCAUUCACCAACAAUCUGACGGUAAACAGCAGCUACGCUCCAAGCCAACGAACGCUAUCAGCAGCUUCUUCGCUCAGUAUCCGAACCUCUGGUUCAUAUUCUUCCGCUCUUUCAAUCGGCGGCAGCAGUAUGACCAGCCUCUCGCCAUAUGAUCGACCAUCCCCCGGGGGCCUCUCCCCUUGUUCGGAUCUCGAUACAUAUCACGAAAAGUCGAUUCUCAACGCAAGCUCCCCCCGGAGUACCACUUAUUCCUGUGCCGAGGCCCUUACCAGGAGCCAGCACCCUCGAACCUCCCGCCACAGAUUCCACUGGAAAGAUGUCGAUACCGAUGCCGAUGCCGAUGCCGAUUGCCCUGAGCGUCCCCAAACCCGCUUCGUCGAAGAUGGCCGGGCUGUUUAUUUGCGAUUGUUGUCCGAAGAAGCCCAAGAAAUUCGAUAG